AUGUCUUACACCGUGCGCAAGAUUGGCCAGGCCAACACCCUGGAGCACCGGGUCUACAUUGAGAAGGAUGGCGUCCCCGUCUCUCCCUUCCACGACAUUCCUCUCUUCCACGAUGAGAAGGCCGGCAUUCUCAACAUGGUCGUUGAGAUUCCCCGCUGGACCAACGCCAAGCAGGAGAUCUCCAAGGAGGAAUUCCUCAACCCCAUCAAGCAGGAUGUGAAGAAGGGCAAGCUCCGCUACGUCCGCAACUGCUUCCCCCACAAGGGUUACCUCUGGAACUACGGUGCCUUCCCCCAGACCUGGGAAGACCCCAACACCGUCCACCCCGAGACCAAGGCCAAGGGUGACAACGACCCUCUCGACGUUUGCGAGAUCGGUGAGCUCGUUGGCUACCCCGGUCAGGUCAAGCAGGUCAAGGUCCUCGGUGUCAUGGCCCUGCUCGACGAGGAGGAGACCGACUGGAAGAUCAUCGUCGUUGACAUCAACGACCCCCUCGCUGCCAAGCUCAACGACGUCGAGGAUGUUGAGCGUCAGCUCCCUGGUCUCCUCCGUGCCACCAACGAGUGGUUCCGUAUUUACAAGAUUCCCGACGGCAAGCCCGAGAACCAGUUCGCCUUCUCUGGCGAGUGCAAGAACAAGAAGUACGCUUUGGACGUCGUCCGCGAGUGCGCCGAGGCCUGGAAGAAGCUCAUCGAGGGCAAGAGCCCCAAGGGUGACAUCAGCCUCGCCAACUCUGCCGUUGAGGAGUCUGCCGACCGUGUCGACCAGGCCCAGCUUUCCAAGAUUCCCCAGGGCGAGAACCUCCUCCCCGCUCCUAUCGAUGGCAGCGUUGACAAGUGGUUCUUCAUCUCCGGUGCUGCCGUGUAA